UCAAUCUCAGAAACCGUCAGAAACAAAAGUCCAGAACGCACAAAACGAAUGCGAAUCACUUAAAUAGCAAGUCAAUAUUGCGAGUGGCGUUUAUCUGCAUUUACGUUUGUUGCCGCUUCAACGGUUCUCUCCUCAAUAUUUCGGGUGGCGUUAAUCUUCAUUUACGUUUAGUAUCGCUUCAACGAUUCUCUAAUUUAAAGAUGAAGCUGCUUUUGAUGUGGAUCCUCGUCGUGCUUGUCGCAGCACGCGCUCAAAUGUCUCCACAAGUGUCUCCACAAUUUCCUCCAUCUUCACAAGCCUCACAAAUUCCACAACCACAACAGUUACCACCAUCUAGCUGCCCUCAGAAAAAUUAUUACAUCAAUCGAAAAGAUCACUCGACGUGGUCUGAAGCAAAAGAGCGCUGUCAACUCGCGGGCAUGCAACUGGCUACCAUUGAUACAAGAGAGAAAUAUUUUCACCUUCGAAUGCAACUCGAUGAUCUAAAUAUCGGCGAUGGUUUUUGGGCAUAUGGAACAAGCAUCGGCCGGGGAACAUUCUAUUGGCCAGCAACAAAACAAGAAUUUACUUUCGCUGACUGGGGCCCCAAUCAACCAGAUCAUUUCGGUGGCAAUGAGGACUGUCUUGACUUCCGAAAGUACGACGGACAGUAUCGAUACAACGAUUUGAAUUGCAACAAUCGACAAGGAUUCGUUUGCGAAUAUCCAUAAAUAAAUGCAGAAUAUGACUAAAAUGAUUUUCCCCUGAAAAGAUUUCGGGAAUCGAACAAUUUUCGAGAAAAAAAAAUCAAUUUAUAAACCCUUUUAUGAUCUUUUCCAUUUUUAAUAAAUUUGCCUUUAACAUGAUCCAAAAUAA